AGGGCUACGCCAAACGCCACCUUCACUACUCCCAGCCAGACACAGGCCUACGAUGCCCAACCGAGGAGUGUGAUGACCAAAGGCCUCUUACUCAUGGCACCCAGUCACCCACCCUAAGUUAGAGGCAAUCCAGGAUUUAGACCAUGGACGGAAAUUAGUUUGCAUGAGCUGAAAACGAAAAGGAGCAUGGAUAAAAUAAGUUGUAAGCAUGUGCGGCUCUAGUCCAUCCAAGCCGUUGAAUGAAAAAGAAGCCCCCGCGGAUGUUCCCAACUUGAUCGGAUCGCCCAAGUUCCUGCCUUGGUCUUUCAUAUUUCGUCUUUCGUUUUUCAAGCUGUGGUAGUCGGCAGGACUCUACCUUAUUUUCAAUAUGUCUGGCAAAAGGACUCUGUUUCUUAUACUGCCGUAUUUCCUCGGUCGAUCUUCUGGUGCUAUAAUCGUAUCCACACCUGCUACGAUAACUCCCUCUUCUACUGACGAAAUGCCUGCUUCAGUACAGACACCAGCUCCUGUGCUGAAUUUGGAGGCGAGAGAUAGAGCCGGUGGUCUUUGCGGCUAUUAUCGCGGCGAUGCAGCAAGCCCAUAUUUAUGCUAUUCCGGAUAUAGCUGUGUUCAAGAUCAUGAUAACAACGCCAUCGGCUGCGUUGAGACUAAUACAAAGAAACAGCUUCUAGGAGUAGUCUAUACUACUUGCCUAAAUUAUGACGUCUAUCAACAAUAUUCCGUGGGGUCUCGUACCGGCUGUUGUACGGAUCCAGAUUACCCGGCGUGUGUUGUGGAUACGUACACCGGAGCAGAGGCGGAAGGAUAUACGUUGAUACAAUGCACCCAAACUUAUUAUCAGUCUGGUAGACUCUUAGCUUGGGAUGCUUCGACAUCCGGUACGGCCGGACCAACAACAAUGUUCAUCGGCAUUGAGACAGUGAACAAUAAUAAUUCAACCAAAAUUUCGUCAACGACUAGCUCGCCUACACCGUCCAACUCACCCACACCGUCCAACUCGCCUCCCGGUCUAUCGACAUCGGACAAGAUCACUCUGGGGACGGCUCUGGGGCUCGGUAUACCUGGUACAAUCGCCGGUAUUAUCGGGACUUGGUACGGAUACAAGGCUUUGAAAAACAAGAGAAAGGGUUCAGAAGAUGCUCAGCGUCCUUUCCUAGGUUCCAAACAAUCAAGCUUCGGAUCAAAUAUUUCGAGCUAGUUGAGCUACCAUCACUUAUACCAGAAAUUAGAGACAUAUUCCAUAGGGCACUUAAUAUGGAAAAGAUGAAAUGGAGUGGCGUUCUGACCACAAGGACUCUACUAUGGGCUGGGGGGAAGGGGCUUUCGUUACUCAAGUGCGGUCUUGUAUAAAAAGGAAUGCAUCGGGUACCGCUACCUACUGUUAAUAACUACGAAGCAAAGAAGAUUACAAGCUGGUUGGUUUAUUUUGGUUUAUUUUUCACUAGCAUUCUUACAAUACACAUAGUAAGCAGCCUAGAUACAGUACAAUACAGAGCUCUACACGAAUAUGCUCGAUAAGUAUUCACAAUAACAACAAACAUCUUUAUUGGAAAGAA